UUCGGUUCCGACCUUUUUUAUUGCUUCAUCUCUCCAUCCAUUUCCGCCAGUAUAAUUUGUCAGUUGACUAUCUAACUCUCGUUCAUGUCAAGAAUCAACCAGAAUUAGCUGUUUUGAAGUUGGAUUUAUCUAAGUUUCGGCCGUUUAUUUGGUGGAGUUUCAGUGCAAUGAGAGAAAAUGGCUCUCUACAGUAAGGACGUAGAUUCAGCAUUCGACGGUGCAGGAACUACGGCAGGUUUGGAAAUUUGGUGCAUUGAGAAACUGCGGUUGGUAGCUGUUCCUAAGUCUUCACAUGGCAAAUUCUAUGUCGGAAGUGCUUAUAUUGUUCUUAGUACUGUCUUGCUCAAAAAUGGCCCUCCGCAGUAUGACAUACAUUACUGGCUGGGAAAUGAUGCCAACAAGGCAGACUCAGCCUUGGCUUCAGAUAAAGCCCUUGAACUAGAUGCAGCACUUGGCUCCUGUGCUGUGCAAUAUAGGGAAGUUCAAGGCCAAGAAACAGAGAAAUUCUUGUCAUACUUUAAACCUUGUAUUAUACCAGUUGAAGGAAUAUAUUCUUCAGAAACAGGGAAACUGAAUGGUGAAACAUACAAAAUCAGCUUAUUAACAUGCAAGGGAGAUCAUGUUGUUCAUGUUAAAGAAGUGCCUUUCUCUCGAUCAUCGCUGAACCACAAUGAUGUUUUCAUACUUGACACUGCAUCAAAAAUUUUCCUCUUCAGUGGUUGCAAUUCCAGCAUUCAAGAGAGAGCUAAAGCUUUGGAGGUUGUUAAGUAUAUUAAAGAGAACAAGCAUGGUGGAAACUGCGAGGUGGCAACUAUAGAGGACGGAAAAUUUGUUGGUGAUUCUGAUGUUGGUGAAUUCUGGAGUUUAUUUGGUGGUUAUGCUCCCAUUCCCAAGGAUUUGCCUUCAAAUGCUGAGAAACCCCAGACACCAACUACAACAUUAUUCUGGAUAAAUCUUCAGGGAAAGUUAUGUCAAACUGGAACAAAUUCAUUCAACAAAGAUAUGCUUGAAAGAGAUAAGUGCUAUAUGUUGGACCGUGGAACUGAAGUUUUUGUUUGGAUGGGAAGAAAUACCUCAAUUACAGAACGGAGGACAUCAAUCUCAGCUUCUGAAGAUUUUCUCAGAAAUCAGGGCAGGUCAACUGGGACACAUUUAACCUUUUUAACUGAAGGGCUAGAAACUGCUGCUUUUAGGUCUUACUUUGAUAGUUGGCCUCAAACAGUGGAGCCCAAGCUUUAUGAUGAAGGUCGAGAAAAAGUAGCAGCAAUAUUCAAACAGCAAGGUCAUGACGUUAAGGAGCUUCCAGAAGAAGACUUCGAGCCUUAUAUAAAUUGCAGAGGCAUACUGAAAGUUUGGCUGGUAAAUGGUGAUGAAUUGUCCCUUCUUCCAGCUCAAGAACAGACAAGGCUUUUCAGUGGGGAUUGCUAUAUUAUGCAGUAUACUUGCCCUGGCAAUGGAAGGGAUGAGAAUAUAUUUUAUGCAUGGCUUGGUCGUGAGAGUGCAAAGGAAGAUAGAGUUGAUGCCAUCUCACAUAUGAGUGCCAUCAUUGAUUCAACAAGAGGGGAAACAGCCAUGGCUCAAGUUGUUCAGGAUAUGGAGCCAUUUCAGUUUUUCUACAUCUUCCAAACAUUAAUUGUUUUUAAGGGUGGUUUAAGUGCACGUUACAAGAAGUCUAUAGCAGAAAAAGGUGUUGUAGAUGAAACUUAUGAUAACGAUAAGAUGGCUCUUUUUCGAGUUCAAGGCAUGAAUCCGAAGAGCAUGCAGGCCAUCCAAGUUGAUCUAGCUUCAAGCUCCCUGAAUUCAUCCUAUUGUUAUAUCCUGCAAACUGGAGCAUCAGUCUUCACUUGGAUUGGGAACCUCUCAUCAACCAGUGACCAUGAUCUUCUCGAUAGAAUUCUUGAACUGAUUAAUCCAACAUGGCAGCCCAUAUCAGUGAGGGAAGGAAGUGAACCAGAUAUUUUCUGGAAUACACUUGGUGGAAGGGGAGAGUAUCCAAGGGAAAAGGAGAUAAGAAGAUAUCUAGAAGAUCCACAUUUGUUCACAUGUACCUUUACUGAAGGUGAUUUCAAGGUUAAAGAGAUAUACAACUUCACACAGGAUGAUUUAACAACUGAAGAUGUCUUAGUGCUAGAUUGCCAGAGAGAAAUAUAUGUUUGGAUUGGAUACCAUUCAAAUGUUAAAUCAAAACAAGAGGCCCUUGGACUUGGUCUGAAAUUUCUGGAGACAGACAUUCUGGUUGAAGGACUAUCUAAAGAGACUCCUAUAUAUGUUGUUACAGAAGGGAAUGAGCCAGCACAUUUCACUCGCUUCUUCACAUGGGAUCCCUCAAAGGCAAAAAUGCUUGGUAAUUCAUUUGAGCGGAAGCUAGCUCUUUUGAAGGGUAAAACACCAAGUACAGAAGCACCUGUAAGGAACUCAUGGAAAGCUAAGUCCAGGGGAACUACCCCAGAUGGUUCAGGAAGCAGAUCUGUCAGCUCAAAUGGCUUGCAAAGAAGCGGAAGUCCUGCAUUCAGUUUAUCAGGUUCGAGACUGAACUCUCCAAAUGCUAAUAGAGGGGUCAGUGAAACUCCAAUAGCCAGGAAGCUCUUUUCAGAAUCGACUCCUAAUCAAGGUUCCUUGACAGUAGAAGCAAGCUCCCCUCCAGCUAAUGUGGAUCUAACUCAGGCAAAUGGAAGUAAACCUGAGUUAAAUCUAAGAACGUAUCCUAAAAGAUUGAGAGUUGAUUCAAAGGACCGUGUGACAGACAUAGAUGUUGCUAAAAGAGAGGCAUACUUAUCUGAGGAAGAGUUUAAAGAGAAAUUCGGAAUGACAAAACAAGCCUUCUACAAGCUUGCUAAAUGGAGGCAGAACAAGCUGAAGCUUUCUCUUCAUCUAUUCUAAGGCUUGUUAAGCUUGACAUAUCCAACAGAUGACUUCCCUUUUAUAGACACAUAUCUUAGAGAGGAUAACCAAAUGUUCCUUCGCAUUAGAUAGUAGUUUGAUGGAGCAUUCACAGCCAAAUUUGAUCUGGUGAACGUCUCAACGUAUAUCUGUUUCAUCUCUGAGCUUUGUCACUAUCUUUUUAUGGACGUUGCUUAAUCAUUCUAAGUUUAUUUUUUCUGUUUGAGUUGUUGUAAAUAGCAUAGAUUGAUUCUUUAGCAGGCUUUGUUUUUUUUUUUCCCUGUAAUUUUGUUUGUUGAGUUGUUUUCACCAGUUAAUUUUGAUUUUCAUCAA